CUUGCCAGCGUCGCCCCCUCCCGCCGCGAGGACGACAAGUGGCCAGCGUCCGCGGAGACCCCGUCGUUACCGACUCGCCGGCCGCCGCCGCAAGGCAGACAGACGCAUCCGCGCUCUCCCGAUGUCUGGAGCAACCGCCGCGGGCGCGAUCGCCGCUCUCCUGCGCGCCCACCGCUUGCCCAUGCUGCAUUCGCCGUUCGCGUGCUCGCUCGCCGCGGCCCGCUCUCUGGGCGCGCAUCUCCCUCUCCGCGCCCCGGCGGCCGCCGCGCCGCUCUCCUCACGCCUCCCCCUCGUGCGCCUCCGCUCCGGCGCUUCGCCGCGCUUCUUCUCCUCCUCCUGCGGCGCCCCUGGCAACGCUGUCUCUUCCUCGGCGGCGGAGCAUGAUGAGCCGCGGAAGUCGGAGCUCAUCUUCCUCGGCACUGGCACCAGCGAGGGCGUCCCGCGCGUCAGCUGCCUCACCGACCCCUCCAAGACUUGCCCCGUUUGCACCAAGGCAGCAGAGCCGGGGAACCGGAACCGAAGGCGCAACACCUCCAUUCUCCUGCGUCAUGUCACGCCGUCUCGCACUUCUAACAUCCUCAUCGACGCUGGCAAGUUUUUCUACCAUUCCGCGCUCCAGUGGUUCCCUGCUUUUGGGUUGAGGGAGAUUGAUGCUGUCAUUAUUACUCAUUCUCAUGCUGAUGCAAUUGGAGGCCUUGAUUGUCUUCGUGAUUGGACGAACAAUGUCCAGCCCUCCAUCCCAAUUUAUGUGGCACCGCGUGAUUAUGAGGUGAUGAAGAUGACACACCACUAUUUGGUCGACACAAGUACGGUUAUACCUGGUGCAGCAGUUUCAACAUUACAAUUCAACAUUAUGAAAGAGGAACCAUUUACUGUUCAGGAUCUUGAGGUAAUUCCUUUGCCUGUAUGGCACGGUCAGGGUUACCGUUCCCUUGGUUUCCGUUUUGGUGACAUAUGCUACAUAAGUGAUGUCAGUGAUAUACCUGACGAAACCUAUAAACUUCUGGAAGACUGUCAACUUCUUAUAUUGGAUGCUCUUAGACCUGAUCGUUCUUCUUCAACACACUUUGGAUUACCUAGGGCCCUCGAGGAAGUCAGGAAAAUCAAACCAAAAAGAACGCUGUUUACCGGGAUGAUGCAUUUAAUGGACCAUGAGAAAGUGAACGAUGAUCUUGCCAGGCUGAUGGAAACAGAGGGGCUUGACGUCCAGCUUAGCUAUGAUGGUCUCAGCACACCUGUAAGGCUCUAGAACUAUUGGACACACACGAUAUGUUAUCUUUUGGGCACUGUUGAACGGUGGUUACAGAUUUUCUGUAGUUUCAUUUCAGUAAAAUGGUCACAACAUGUAAUCCGUUGAACUCCUCACGUCAAGCUUUCCUUUUACUUAUCUUUCUCCCCCCCACCCAUCCUCAUCAACAGAGGAAUUAUAUGUACUAGCAAAUUUAGUCCUUACAUCGAUGAUGAAAUAAAGUUUCAGCACAGUGGUUUGUUUCA